CUCGCGGGAACAUUCCUCUUCUCCCACAAGCACAUAAAACGGUACACCACCGGUCAUUUCUUUGCGAUGCUUACCUAUCAUCCAGCCAACAAUUUCCCCACCGUCAGGGGCCUGAGGCAUGUGGAUAGAGCUGUCCUCGAGGACCCUGCCCUUCUAGAGCCCGACAGGUCUAUUCGUGAUCAGACGGAA